AUGGCUAACGGUGGGGUGUAUCCCAUGGACCAGAUGCAACAUCUGCCUGCAUUUCUUAUGGUCAUGGUCUGGUCUGGUCUGGUCUGGUCUGGGGGUGUUCGUCUGGGUAUCAAGCUGCUACUGCUACUGCUACUGUCAACUGCCUACAGUCUACUCGAUAACCUGCGCUUCACUACUGAUUAUUGA